CUUGACGCGAUGGAUCAGAUGAAGAAGGCCUUCAAGGGUCUCUUCAAGGGCAAGAAGUCUAAGAAGGAAGAGCCAAAGCCCACGGCCACUUCUGAGGCCCCCACUACGUCUGCGCAAACCAAGCCUAGCGAGACUACGCCAGCUGCACCCGCUCCCGCACCCGUCCCCGAGCCCGCGAAGACUGAGACGACACCUGCUGCCCCAGCGUCUGCGUCUUCGCCAGUCCCGGCGCCUGCUGAACCCGCAGCGGUUCCAGCCGCGGAUCCUGCUCAGGGUGAGGCGAAGAAGGAUGAAGCCGCUGCAUUGGCCGAGGUCAAGCAAGCCACGUCGACACCCGAACCCGUUGGCGCCGUUGCACCCGCACCCCCGACCGCUGCUGAGACUCAGCCUACAGCCACUGAGGCCCCAAAGGAGACUGAGCCCAAGGCGACGGAUACACCUGCACCAACUGCCCCUUUGGAUCUUCCCGCCAUUCCUAGCAGCCAGCCCGCUGCUGGUAUGAGCGCUACAAGCGGACCUAUGUUUGAUGAGCCCAACUUCGGCGAGGAUAAGCCCGCUGCACCAGCUGCGGCGCCUGCUCCCGCCGCUCAGGCUGAGGAGCCUGUUGCUCCCGCACCUACUCCAGCGGCUCCCACCACUGCUGCCGCUCCUGCGCCUAGUGCUGAAUCUACCGCAGCUCCUGCUGCCCCGGCCGCCGCUGAAGAGAAGGCAGAGAAAUAG